ACCACAGGUCAUCGUUGAACAUACAGAGAAAAUAAUGGAAGUAGAGGCCAUUUAUGAAAAUAUUCAAGACAAAUUUAGGAACACAGUCGGACAUCAGCCACAGAGUCGACCGACUGGAGCUCAAAGCAGCAGAAGAAAAAGAUGGUUUGUGCCGAUCACAGCAUGCCUUGGAAUCAUCUGUGUUCUUCUGGUGAUCGCUCUCAUACUGCUGUAUGUUCAUCUCACAGCAGAGAGAGAUCAGAUGAACAUGACAUAUAUGAACAAAGCUGAAGAGUACAAUGAAACCGUGAACAGCCUGAAGAUCAAUUACAGUCAUGUGACCGAUGAGAGAGAUCAGCUAAAGAUAAACCUAAAGUCUGUGAGGGAGAUGAAGUUGAAGUUAGAGACCAAUUACAGCCAUCUGACCGAUGAGAGAGAUCAGCUAAAGAUAAACCUAACAUCAAUGAGUGAGAUGAAGUUGAAGUUAGAGACGAGAGUCAAGAAUUUGAGUGAAACUUUAAUGAAGAGUACCUCAGCCUAUUUCAUAACCAAUGAAGAGAAGAGUUGGACCGACAGCAGACAGUUCUGUAGAGAUCGGGGUGGAGAUCUGGUCAUCAUCAACACUGAAGAAGAACAGAAAUACAUAUCUUCAAUUGUCAAAGGGAGAGCAUGGAUUGGUUUGUCUGAUAUAGAAAAGGAGGGCAGCAUGACAUGGGUGGAUAAUACACCACUGAAUAAAGGGUUUUGGUACAAAGGUGAGCCGAAUGACGCUAACGGCAAUGAGGACUGUGUUGAAAUCUUGAUUCUGUCAGAGAAUAUCAUGAACUGGAAUGAUCUUCCAUGCUCAGAGAAGAGAAAAUGGAUUUCUAAGCCACAAAACCACAUCCUGUUAAAUGUUGCUGUUAGAAGCACAGUAAGCAUUAUUGUAAAGAGCACAGAACAUAUAACCUCUGAAGAUACGGAUCAAAUUAUGGAAAUGGAAGCCAUUUAUGGAAAUAUUCCACACAAAAUUGGAUCUGAGACACAGAAUCAGAACCGGAGUGAAGCUCAAAACAGCAGAAAACGGCUUGUGUGGAUCACAGUGUGUCUCGGGCUCAUCUGUGUUCUUCUGCUGAUCGCCCUUAUUGUGCUGUACAUCCAUCUCACAGCAGAGAGUGAGCAGAUGAAGAAGAGAUAUUUGAACAUAGUUGAAAACUACAAUAAAAAUCUGAGCAGUCUGACUGAUGAGAGAGAUCAGCUACAGAUAAACCUAAAGUCUAUAAGUGAGAUAAAGUUGAAGUUACAGACCGAUUACAGCCAUCUGACCGAUGAGAGAGAUCAGCUACAGAUAAACCUAACAUCUAUGAGUGAGAUGAAGUUGGAGUUAGAGACCAAUUACAGCCAUCUGACUAAUGUAAGCCAACAUUUCUACUCUGUGAUGGAGAAGAAACUGGAGUUGGAGACCAGAGUUAAACAUUUGAGUGAUGAACUAAUGAAGAAUCUUUCAGGCUCAUGCAGAUAUUUCAUAUCUAGUGAGAAGAAGAGCUGGUCUGACAGCAGACAGUUCUGCAGGAACCGUGGUGGAGAUCUGGUCAUCAUCAACACUGAAGAAGAACAGAAAUACAUUUCAUCACUUGUCGAAGAGAGAGCGUGGAUUGGUUUGUCUGAUAUAGAGAAGGAAGGCGACAUGAAAUGGGUGGAUAACACACCACUGACUAAAGGAUUCUGGACCAAAAAUGAGCCGAAUAACGAUGGAAACGAGGAUUGUGUUGAAAUUUGGAAUCCUAAACAGUCUCUGAACAACUGGAAUGAUCUUCCAUGCUUAAAGGAGAUAAAAUGGGUUUGUGAGAAUUAGAGUUUAUCUGCUUUUGUUGUGAUAUUGAACUUUUGUUUUGCUGUAUCUACUUUUAAUUUAAGUACAAAACAAUGAUGUGGAUGAAACAGUCUCAUCCUCAUUGACCUACUCUCUGCUCUGACUCUGGAGCUUAAGCUCCGCCCUCCCCCUUACGUCAAUCUGCCACCCAGUGGACACGGGGACAGAGUAACUGUGUCCAACCCCUCUGCACAUGCGUG